AUGUCUUUUGAGAGGGAAAAACUUGCGAUUGAAAAGGAAAGUAGGAAAGAAAAACUUAAGAUUGAGAAGGAAAGAAUGAUGAUUGAGAAGAAAAAAUGUGAGCGGGAAGAAAGGUUAGAGGAAGAAAGAAUCAUGAUGAUAGAUACAAGUGGCUUAACGGAACACAAAAAGCUUUUUAUGAACAACUCCAAGAGGAAAUCAUGGCAAAACGAAGAUCUCGUUGCAUCCAUGAAUCACUAUUUGUUUCGCAAGUUCCUUCUUGAUGACUCAGAUGAAGAUGAGAUAAUCGAAGAACUUGCUAUGGAAGCAUCACAACCUAAACGUCGUCGUCGUUCUAUCCAACGUAAUCAUUUGGUAGGCCAUGAGAGGCUUUUUCUUGAUUAUUUUGCUCAUACACCAAUAUAUCCACCCGCUUUAUUUCGUAGGAGAUUUCGAAUGAAACGUUCUCUUUUUCUUUGUAUUCAAUCUCAAGUUGAAGCUCAUGACUCUUACUUUGUCCAAAAAAGAAAUAGUGCCAACAAACUUGGUUUAUCUUCAUUACAAAAGAUAAUUGCUGCACUUAGAAUGCUUACGUAUGGAGUAUCGGGUGAUUUGAUAGAUGAAUAUGUGCGGAUUGGAGAAACUACUGCAUUAGAAAGUUUGAAAAAAUUUGUUACUGCGGUAAUUGAUGUUUUCUCUGAAGAAUACUUGAGAAAGCCAAACAAUGAAGACAUUGCUAGACUGUUAGCUCACGACAAACGUCAAGGUUUUCCAGGUAUGUUAGGUUCAAUUGAUUGCAUGCAUUGGAAGUGGAAAAAUUGUUCAUCUGUAUGGAAAGGUCAAUAUUGUGGUCAUAUUCGUGAGCUUACUAUUAUUUUGGAGACAGUAGCAUCAUAUGAUCUUUGGAUAUGGCAUGCAUUUUUUGGGUUACCUGAGUCAAAUAAUGAUAUUAAUGUGUUAAAGCGAUCUCAUGUAUUUAAUGAACUUGCUGAAAGAUGUACUCCUACAAUACAUUACUCAAUUAAUGAUCAUGACUACACUAUGGGAUAUUACCUUGCUGAUGGUAUAUAUCCAAAGUGGGCAACAUUUGUGAAAACAAUCCCAGUUCCACAAGGACAGAAGUAUAAAAUAUUUGCAGCAGCACAAGAGGCGUAUAGGAAGGAUGUUGAGCGUGCAUUUGGAGUGCUUCAAGCACGUUUCGCAAUUGUCCGUGGACCUGCACGAUUUUUUCAUCUUGAAACACUCAAAAAGAUCAUGAAAGCGUGCAUAAUUCUCCAUAAUAUGAUUGUUGAAAAUGAGCGGGAAGAUGAGCGGAAUGAUAAUGAAGUGAUAGAUUUGGAUUAUGAACAAAAUGAUGGAGUGGAUAAUCCUCCUCUGCAAAUGUUACGUGAACAAAGUGAUGAAUUUUUGUCAUACAUUGAAAGGCAUGGACGCAUUAGAGACCGAGAAAUUCAUUUUCAACUCCAGUCGGACCUUAUUGAACAUUUAUGGCAAUUGCAAGGCGAGUCGUAG